AUGUCUGCUACAACUUCUCAAUUACUUCCUUUAGAACUUAUCGAUAAAUGUAUUGGGUCAAGAAUCUGGGUUGUAAUGAAAAAUGAGAAAGAGUUCACUGGUAAAUUGUUAGGAUUCGAUGAUUAUGUCAACAUGGUUUUAGAAGAUGUCACAGAAUACGAAAAUACCAAAGAUGGAUAUGUUACAAGCAAGCUAGAUCAAAUUUUACUGAAUGGAAACAAUAUUUGUGUGUUGGUACCUGGUGGAACUGGGCCAGUCUAG